AUGUCAACAUCGAGCCCAAGCGGAAGCUCAGACCCCAAGCGGCCAUAUGGCGGACUCGUGCCCUCCCAGCCCAAAGGCACACGCGCGUAUCAGGACGCGGCUUCGUACAAUCAGCAUCUGGCGCAGCACCAGGCGUACACAGCUCAGGCCCAGGCGGCCUCGCAGGCUGCCAACAACGUCCACCGCAACCCGUACAUUUCCCCACCCGGCCCGGCGCACCAGUCGUCGUCUGGCGGCUCGUCCUCGGUGCCAAUGCAAGUGUCAGGAUAUGGACCUAACGCGCCGCCUCAGCCGGACGGCCCGAGUGCAUUCCCUUCGUCGACUCACUAUGGCUACGCCGGGUCCAGCCAGGGCGCACCUCAGGCUGGGGGGCAGAUGCAAAAUGCACCCUCUGCAGGCUCUUCUGCGUAUAAUCAAUCGUCAACUCUCAACCUGCUUGUGCCUGGCCAACAACAAGGCCCGCCAGCGCCCGCGUCGACGUACUACCCGAACGCGCAUGCCCGCACACGCGCGAACACGAUCAACCACCAGCUGGACGCAGUCCCGCCGGCGCUCGCGCGUCUGCAGCACAUGAACACAGACGUGAUCGGCGGGCGCAACGCGCUCACGCCCGUGCUGAACCGGGACGACGCGAUGCGCGAGUGGGAGCGCAGGCAGGCGGGCAAGGCGAGCACCGCGCAGCCGUACCCGCAGCUCGAGUAUCUCCAGCAGCAGGCGGAGCUCGUCGCGGCGGGUGGUAUGCCUGCUGGUGCGGGCGCGGGCGGCUCUGGCGCGUGGCCCGCGGGCCAAGGUCCGGGCGCGGGUGCGGCGCGGUACGCGGGCUCGAAGCUCACGCAUUCGUAUCAGCCGACGAUUGUUGUGGAUGAUGAUCGGCGCGAGCAGGUUAUGUCGACGGUGCGGAACGCUGCGCGCGUCGAGGCGGGUGGCAGCGGGUCGUAUAACCCGGCUGGAGUCGUUACGAGUCCGACUGCGGCAUAUCAGCCGGGCGGUGGUGCUGGCGGUGGCGGCGGGGGCGGCGGAGGAGGCCCGCGAUAUCAGCAGCCGUAUUCGGGCCAGCCGACGUCGCCGUUCGACUCCCUCGGGCAGCGGACAGAUAUUGGGACGAUGUACGUUCCCAUGCAGCCGGAGCAAUACCAGUCGUAUGCACCGGGCGCGCGCAGCGCAGGUGGCGCAGGUGGCAGCGGGAUGGGCGGUGGAGCGGGCGGGCAGCCGUCGUUCUAUGGAGCAGGCGUGGCAGCUGCGGUCUCGCAGGCGCGGGGGAAUCCUUUCCCGGGCCAGGGACAGAGCGGAGGUGGCGGUGGAGGGCAGGGUGAAGGACAGGGUGUGAAAGAUUCGCGGCGGAUGAGCGGGAUGGAUAUUUGGAAUGCACGGUGA